AUGGGGACCCAUGCGACUCUGGGGAAACUGCCAAGUGACACUGUCAUUCUGGAGGACCCUGCGGGGCACCCGGGGAGUGUGGAGCCCAAGUAUCUGCAGCUCAGGAAGAGGUUGGAAGCGAAGUUCCCCAGCUGUCUGAACCUCUGUGCUGAGGGGCCUCCCCAAGUCCCUAGAUUCUUUGCAGUGAUGGUAGCAGAAAAGUUGGUUCACUCUGAGGAGAGAGGUAAUGGCUACGUGGACACAAAAAGCAAGUUUCUGAAGCUGGGGGCUGCUGUUGAAGCCACCUGGGCUCUGGGUUAA